AUGGCAGUGCCAGAGGGUGUCAACAAUGUGAAGCUCUCUUCCACCACUGGAACCUCGGUGCGCAAGCUCGAGGGUGCGGAGGCAGACACCGUGCGGACGGGCCUGGCUGCAUGCCCGACCAGUAUGUCGGCUGUUUAUCGCAAGAGCAGGCAGGAGAAGCUCGAUGAGGAGGUUUCCAGGGCGAACCUCUCGCUCGUGGAGCACAUGGCAAAGGCGGACGUGCAGCAGGACGCAUACAAGGGCACGGUCAUGGUUCCUGGCUGCUUUGUGCGGGAUGUGCAUGGGAUUUCCGCAGAGUCAGGCGUGGCAUUCUACAAGGGCUGCUCUCGGUGCCGCAAGAUGCUGACCGCUUACCACGGCGGAACCCGCCUGGAGUGCGAAAAGCAUGGAGAAGAUGCUGGACAGCCUGUGUACUGCGUGCAGGUCAGCCUUCAGGAGCUCUUUUGGCGUCAAGUUAGUGUGACUCACGUGGACACGUUUGAUCCCCUGCAAGCGCUGGAGUGCACAUUGUGGGAGGACGCGCUGCGGGCUCUGUCUAGCCACUACGGCCUGGAUGACUUGGAUGCUCCCAGCUUCUUGCAGGACCUCAUGGCCCACGCUGCGGGGGUCGAACAUGUUGCGCGGUUUGCUGUGGGGCUUGGCCGUGGAGGAGAUCAGCAGGUGGAUCUCUUCGACCUUGCGCCUGCCAUUACUGCGGACGGAGUGUGCGGCUUGUACAAGAACACGGGCAUCAACAUGUUUAGCAGCAGCCCCGGAUUGCCAUGUGUCUGCUGCUCGAUGUUGUCGCGGGACAAGGUUGGGCAGAUGAUUGCCAGCCACAAUGGCAAGGCCAAGGUCAUUGAUCAGGCUUGCGUGGUCUUCAAGGCAGAGAGCGACGCGGAUGCCAAAGUUCCAGCCGGAAUAGACGGCUUGGAGGUGACCAUCAAAGCCAGCUGCGCAGCCUGCCUGGAAAAGAUCACAUUGCAGCAGGCUGGCGCACCUGAAACGGUGCGGGUUGCUCUCCGCAUGCGCAAGGGCGAGUGCGGCAAGGCCCUGGUGGAGUGUCAGGCUGAUGGCUCGCAGCCUUUUCAGAUCCACGCAGUCAAGGAGGUUGCAGCGGAGCUCUACUGCAAGGCGUUCAAGUACACAGCCGACCAAUACAAGGGACACCUGGAGCAAAGUGUGGCUGUUGAGGCCUGCAAGGAUCAUCAAGCAGAGGUGGCGUCUUUGUUGACGGACACGCGCCCUGCCAAGCGCUUGAGGAUGAACAAGACCAUGGACGGGGACCAGCUUUGA